AUGCACGAAGAAAGAGCGAUUUUGUUGGGCCGAUUGAAGCGACACGAACAAGCACUCGCCAUCUAUACGAAUGUGCUGAGAGAUUAUAAGGAAGCCGAGAAUUAUUGUAAGAUAAAUUACGACAGACAAGAUCCUGAGAACUCAAAGGUUCAGUUUUCAUUUUCAGAUUUUGUUUUUGAAUUGUUCGUUUGGAAUGGAAUCGAAAUCAACCACUCAUCCUCGUGUUUAUAG